UAGUAUAUCUCGUGAAGAUUUUAACGUAGCGAUCGAUCGAGUUAGAGUUCAUCAGUAGUGCGGCGCACAUUUAUGUGUGCGUGUUUGUGCACGCGCGCGUGCGCGUACUGUUGUACGAGUGUGUGUGUGUGUGUAUUCAAUUACAGAAAGUCGAAAUCGUCGUUCCAUAGUCGAAAUUCGGCUCGAUCCGUUCUCCAAGCGUAUAUAUUAAGCAUGCUACAAAAUAAUACAUGGCCAUGGUGAUGUCCAUGCAGCUGCAACUGGCCGUGCAAGCUGAACGCGUAGCGGUGAACUCUGGUAUUAUCCGACGGGCUGACGGACGUACGAGCGGAUGGACGUACGGACGGAUGUACGAACGGACCCGUCGUACCAACUGGAACCAGAGGGCUUUUACUAUCCUGUCCGUUACGUCUGACGGCCCGUGCGACACGGUAGCUCGCGGGUCCAGUUCGAUGGAUCGAUAUACGUCGACAUCCGGCAGGCGCGACCGGCACGACGACAGUCGGACAAUCCGCGAGUCUAUCUCGUUGCUAAAUCACGGCCGUUAGAUCGACCGGCCGAAAUCGGCGAUCGCUCAACUUUCGGAGCGGUUCCGAUAGUCACCGGAAAAAUGCUGCAGUGAGCGUGGUAGUCGGGUGUUACCGACCAGGAGCAGACUUUACCACGUUAAGUUACCGAGUUUAAUGAAAUUCCUUAACCGGGGACGCCGGAUUUCUGCUAAUAUUUUUUUUCCAAACCUUUUUAAUUGUGUAAUUUCUUACUUUGCGCAAGUUGUUCUAAUAAGUAUGAUAGAGAUCUCCAUUAAACAAUAAUAACAUUUGCUACGAAGCAACCGAAAUAGAAUUAAAGGUAACAAUUCUCGAAUUGAUCUGGAAUUAAAAUGUAAGCGAAGGCAACAAUUUUCUCCAGCAACCUCCACAUCGCUUAACAAAUAUUAUAACUUAAGAAAAAUUACUGCGAAUGAAGAGAUUAAUAAGUUAUUGGUAUCGCGAUAUUUUUAUUAUAAAUAAAAUUACCGACCAUUAUUUUAAAUUAUUUCAUCAAUCUGUACUGAAACGCGAGAAAGCCGGCUAAACGUACACGCUCAUCCAGGAUGCAAUUAGUAUAGGUACAGGUAAGAGCGUACAGAGGGCGAGAGAGAACAGCGAGGGACGCGAAAAAAGCGCAUCGACGGGGAUACAGAUUAUACAAAUGGAAAGAUGUCUCGCUAUGAUUUUGGAUGGCCCGGUGCGAUUCCCGAGAAUCGCAAAGAUUCGGCGAUAUAUUUCGUGAUCUCCGCCUCAUUUCUUGUUACGCCUCCGUAGAACGAUUUUUUUUUUAUAAUUCUACCUAAUGUAUGUACAUUGCAUUUAUACCUGGCAUAUUUAUUAUUACUUUUGUACCUUAUGUACGUUAUACUAGCCGACCGCGAAUACUCAUCGUAGCAUAAUUGUAUUAUUU